UUUGCAGGUUUUACCUGACAUUUUUAGUGCAUGAAUGUGAUACUUAGAACUUCAUUCAUUUUAUUUUUGUCGGUUACUAUUUUUAUAUCUAUUUAUUUUAUUUUCACAAGGAUGACUUUGAGUUUCUUCACUUCUAAAUGUCGGCUGCGAGGGACCGAAAUGUGUUUCCUCCGCAGGGUGUCCGGGCUCUCCCUUAGAGAUAGGGUGAGAAGCUCGUUCAUCCGGGACGAUCUCAGAGUAGAGCCGCUUCUCCUCCACAUCGAGAGGAGCCAGAUGAGGUGGCUGGGACAUCUGAUUCGGAUGCCUCCCGGGUGAGGUGUUCCGGGCACGUCCCACCGGGAGGAGACCCCGAGGACAACCCAGGACACAAUGGAGAGACUAUGUCGCUCGGCUGGCCUGGGAACGACUCGGGAUCCCCUCGGAGGAGCUGGAAGAAGUGGCUGGGGAGAGGGAAGUCUGGGCGUCCCUGCUGAGUCUACUGCCCCCCCGACCCGACCUCGGAUAAGCGGGGAUAUUAUAUUUAAUGCCAACUAUCCGGAGCUGCCCCCAGAUUUUAUUUUUGGGGAAGAUGCAGAGUUUCUGCCUGAACCUUCAGAAUUACCGCAUUUGGUCCAAUGGGAUGCUGGAAACCCAGACAGUUUGCUCCAGCUCGUGAAGGAGCUUAUCCAGCAAUAUCACCACUACCAAUGCCAGCGUCUCCGUGAAAGUUCCAGACUUCUCUUUGAGUAUGAUAGCCUACUUGAGGAUCCUAACUAUGGCCGUAAUAUGGAGAUAUAUGCUGGACACAAGAACAGCUGGACAGGAGAGUUUUCAGCUCGCUUUCUUCUAAAACUCCCUGUGGACUUCAGCAAUAUCCCAAUCUAUCUACUCAAGGACACAGCGCUGGACCCUGGAGAAGAUGUGGCUCUUCUCUCUGUGAGUUUUGAGGAUGCUGAGGCUACUCAAGUCUUCCCCAAACUCUACCUUUCUCCAAGUAUUGAACAUGCUCUGGGAGGUGCCUCUGCACUUCAUAUCCCAGCAUUCCCCAGCGGAGGAUGCCUAAUUGACUAUGUCCCACAGGUCUGCCAGUUACUUACCAAUAAGGUGCAGUAUGUCAUCCAAGGCUAUCACAAGAGGCGGGAGUACAUUGCUGCAUUCCUCAGCCACUUUGGAAUGGGAGUGGUGGAGUAUGAUGCCGAGGGAUUUACAAAGCUUACCCUUCUACUCAUGUGGAAAGACUUUUGCUUCCUAGUACACGUGGAUCUCCCACUGUACUUCCCUAGAGACCAACCCACCCUCACGUUCCAGUCCGUGUACCACUUCACCAGCAGCGGGCAGCUUUAUUCUCAAGUGCAGAAGUCGUAUCCUUAUAGCCCCCGUUGGGACGGCAAUGAAAUGGCCAAGAGGGCAAAGGCUUACUUCAAGACCUUCAUCCCUCAAUUCCAAGAAGGAGCCUUUGCCAACGGAAAACAAUAGUUCCCUGCAGCUCUAUUGACAUGCCUGUGGUCCUGUGAUGUGUUGGUACAGGCCAUUGCUUACCUAUGUGUACGUGUUAACAGCCACAUGGAGGGGGGGAAAAAUCCCGUAGCAACUUAAUCCCCAAAUGUGGUGGAUGUGAUGUGCUAAAAUGCUAUAAUUUGCCACAAACAUUUUUUUCAGUACAUCCACCAUUUAAAAAAAAAAAAAAAAAAAAAAAAAAAAAAAAAGAACCCCCCAAAAUGUCAGUUUUGUACUUAUUACACUGAGUUACUUUUUGUAUAAAACCCUACUAAAUUCUAAUGAGAACAGGCUUCGCAGACUAUUUUGUGUAACAUUUCUACCCAUUAUCACUAGAGUGUCAGUGAAUGAAACUGUAAAUUUUUUGACUUUUCUACUGGGGCUAAGGCUAUGCCUUUUGCAUUGACAUACAUUAUGUUGUCCAAGCACUGCCCAUACUACAGGUAAACCCAUGCCCUGCUAAAGUCAUGAUGAGAUGGCACCUUAGCACUGAGGGAUCAGGCUGACUGGUUCCUGCUAGUCGUAUACAAAAAUAGAAUUUUUUUGACAGGAAGUCUGAUGUGAUGGACUGUAAUACAGUAUCUCACCUCUCUUGCUCACAAUAACUAACAUUUUCUUUUGACCUCUAGCAGUAAUGCCAGAAAGCGAUGUAACAGAUUGUAGGAACAAAAUUAUAGGAACCCCGCGGGCACCUACAGGGAUUGAGAAUUUAAAAAAUAUUGUGUACUUCUUUCCAAAGAUAUCUGAUCGGAUUGAGUUUAGGGCACUCAAGUUCUUCCACACAAAAUGCAUCUAUUCAUGCCUUCCCAAAAGUGUUUGCACAAAGUUGGAGCCACAAAAUUGUCAAAAAUCUAAUUGAUUAACGAAAUGACUAAGACUUGUACAGUGUAUUUAAUACUUUGGUCCAUUUAAUUUAGUUGCAGAUAUCGAUAUAUAUAGUGUUCAAACUUUGUUGGAUAAUCGCCAUUGACAGAUCUUUAGGGACAAUACUUACCUUCUUAGUUCACUGAUACUAUUGCAUCCUUUUCUGCGUCAUCAAAAUUAUCAAAAACAUCAAAAUGUUCCAUGUGUUCAUUUUCAUCAUAUAAAAUGUACCUUACUCACACAGUCACACUAUCAGUGCUUACUGCACAAUGUGCUUAUUUGUAAAAACGUGUGGUCAUUAAAGAGGUAAGUUACACCUGAUAGUGAGUUCUCCUUGAUUGCUCCUCUUACCGUAAAAUCCGGGCUGUUGAGUACACUGGUUUAUAAGCUGCACACAUUACACAUAAAUAUGAGAUAAAACACAAACUGCCAACCUGACUAUCGGAAAUAUACACAAGUGGAGACAGUACAGAGUAAAAUUGAAGCCAAAAAAAAAAAUUAAAAUCUAAAAUAUGUAAACAGUAUUUAUACUUUACAUAUUUGAGACAACGAUUACAACAGUGCACGUAUUUACUUAAAUCUUUAAUUAUAAAACCUUAUACAGUAGUUUACAUUUAUUAUACAGUAAUUAACAUUCAUCAACAUUGCCUUCUGAGAGAGGCGAAGAGGCUUGUGUUGGUGGCGGAAGAGAGGCUCUCACUUGACUCGGAGACUUAUGCUGGAGGCGCGGACGGUGUAGCUGGGGUUUUUACCUUGGAGAAAAACAUGGUGAUCAAAAAGUUUCACUUUUUUGCUGAUGGUCAUCAUCUUCUUCUUCCUCUUGGGCACCCGGAGGAAGCUUUCGCAGGCGCACAGCGCUUAGGUGGCAUUGUAAGGGCUUGCUUAAAUAAUCAAAAAAAAUUAUCGCUCAAACAAAAAACACCAAGAGUCCUUAUUCCUUGCAGUGGCCAUUCAGUGGAAUUGCACUUCCUUGUUCAUAAAUAACUUCACCCAGUUGUACCAGUAUGGCAGGCAAUUGACCCUGUAAAUAUGCCCACAACUUGAAAAAUUACAUUUUCCCUGAAGUGUAAUGUGUUUUGUGUUAUUAGGGCAAAGUGUCUUGCCGUCUGGCACCCAUGCACAUUGUGUUGCGAGACAGCGACGAAACGGACGAGAUCCGCCGCCCCGUGGCCCAUUGCCAGCGGUUAGAGAAGCCGGCGGAGGUCCAACACAACAGUGUCAAAAAUUCAUUCAGGGAGACCGUAGAGCGUCGCGCUGCUUUGGCCGCUUAUGGAGCACCAUUCGGCAGCCACAAAAGCACGUUGUCCGUUAACUUUUAAUGGAGGAAAAGUUGUCUUGCCGACACGGUUUAUGGUCAUUAUGCCGGCUCAAAGGCUACUUCUCUGCAGCCCGCGAAAGCGUGUGAUAUCUCGUUCGCUGGAAAGGAGCCGUGAGAAAAGGAAGGUGGUACGUGUAUUUGAUUGACAGGAAACCGGGAUUUUCAGAGCUCACAGCAACAGGCCGACAGCGUCUAUCUGUUUGGUAGUACUUGAAAAGAAACCCCAAAAAAAAAAAACCUCACAUUUUUUUUCCCCCCUGUUGUUGAGGCCUACUGAACAGUAGUUUUAAUCUUAUCGGCUUCCCAGUGACGAGGACUGGCUAAGUUGUGGCUCAAGGUUUAGCUACAUACUGUCAACACGGGGUGAUGUGGCUAAUUACACACAUGUGGUUCGGAGAUUUUUAGACUGUUUAGCCACAUUGGCUUAAGAGGUUUCAUGACCCAGUGCCCACCCUGCCCUGUCUCUGAAGCUCACUCCCUUGUUGCUUUGGCCAACACAAUUUGCUACUUGAAAAUUUAUAAGACAAAUGUUGUUGCUGUUUUUAUUGGUGUUUUUUUUCUUUUUUGUCAUGUAUUAUUAUUUGUAUUGUUAAAGAAUAUCACUAAUAUUCAGUAAUGUUGGGCCUUUGUUUUCACUGAGGCCAGUUGCAAAUAGUUUUAAUCAGUUUCCAUGUCCGCUGUCAGAAGACUGCAAAGGUUGAUCUCUCCCCCUUUGGACGUGUCCCGGAAAGCCUUCAAGUGAUCAAUCAG